UUUGCAGACUUGCAGUUACAAGUUACAGAAUUAUUUUUCACUUUCUGAAUAUCGGAAAAAUUAUUGGAUUUUAACCUUUUGCAUUGAGUGAUAAGCUGCCAAUCCCAUAAAUCUAGCCAUGUCCAUGAGCGCAGCUUCGCCGACUCUUCCAGACAACGGAAAGCCUGGUGCAGGAAUCGAUGGGAUUGUCCACUUCGUCAAGCAGCCAUUGGCGAGAGGGGAGCUCAGCGAUGUGCGCUUUACAGUGGGUCGCCACUUUGGCCAGAUUCGUCAGUUUUCUGCGCAUAAGUUUGUCCUGGGCUUUCGCAGUCCCGUGUUCCGGACGAUGUUUUACGGCAGACUGCCUGAAAAGGGUCAGGAUACGAUUGACAUUCCGGAUAUUCAUCCAGACGCCUUUGGCAUCGUGCUAAGUUUCAUAUGCACCGACGAUGUGGAUAAUCUGGAUGCUGACAAUGUUUUCGCCACCUUGAGAUGCGCCGACAAAUACGAUUUGCUGAAUCCAGACAACUGUUUGUCUACGUUGAAGGAGGUACCAUCGCCUUACGACGCUCUUGGUUGGCAUGCGGAGAGCACCGUGGAAAUAUGUCUGGCUUUAGUGGAUGCGAAAACGGCUGCAGUUUUGCGAACGGAGGCAUUUGUUAACAUCUCUCGAUCGUUGCUGCGAACCAUUUUGCAGCGCGACACGCUGACUGCGGAGGAAAACGCUAUUUACUUGGCUGUUGAACGGUGGGCAGCAGCGGCAUGCACUCGUACCGGCACAGAUGCUUCUGGUGGGAACCGCCGCCUGAUGCUGGGUGGCGCGUUGUUUCUCGUACGAUUUCCGCUGUUGGGUAACUCUCAGCUGGCUGAAGGUCCCGGCAAGAGCGGUCUGCUGACCGAUGCAGAGAUGCUGAACUUGUUUAUGUACCGGAAUUCCUUGUUAUGUUGA